UGCAGUUUUUCACAAAAGCAACACUAAACGUCUUUAAAACAAAUGGAAAACCUGAAAAAUUAUGAAUGCAAAAGUAAAGACAUGAGACUUGAUCCCAUGUUCGGCCUUUUACAUCUGCCCUAAUUCACAAUAAUUUACUCUGAAUAGCAGUGUUAACGUCUGUUAAUCUAAAAUAAUUUGCAGAAGUUCUGCAGACUUUUGAUGAUCUUUGGCUUUAAUGAGCUAAUCCUAAUGAAUCUUCCUCAGGAAAACAAAACUUGUCAUGAUCACAUUGUUCAGUUUCCUCUUGAAAUUCGACAUUUAUGGUGUUUUUUGGGGGUUUUCAUUUAACAAAUACAUGUGAAAAGGGGUAAAAAGAAGUCUUCUUCUAAGAGUUCUUUAUAUGAUGAGUGCUUAUUCUGUUUUAUACUGCCCAUUGUUGCAUUUUGUUCAUUGUAUUUUUUUUCUCAUUUUAUUCCAACCUAAAAUCUGUUGUCUUUGUUAAUUUUCCUCCUUGAUAAGUAAAACACAUUUAUCUUGUGUGGACGUACACACUGGCAAAUCAUAUAUUAUUAUCCAUUUCCACAUGGGGGGCUCCACACAGCAUUUGUGCUCACGGCCCCCAAAUGGCUAGCACCGCCCCUGGUCUUAUCGAGGCGUCUGUGCAGCAGCAAGUUCCCUGCUGGAUGCACUAAUGCCAGCUGAGUCCGACCUCAGUUCUCUUGUUUGGUGAAGGACUGUUCGCAAUAAUCAUUCAGCUCUGCUCCAUUUCAGGUCAUCUUUGAGCCCUUUGGAGCCAGGUAAACGUCACAGCCGCGAUCAUUUUCCUCCACUUUUCCUCUUAUGCGAAGCGCCUACAUGCGCUCAAAUGUACGGCAAGCGUUGUGCACCAAGGCAAUGUGUUUCUAUGAGGCGAUUUUUUUAAAUCAACAAAUAGGCAACAAGCUGUGAACGGUGGAACGGUCGGCGGGGGGAGGGGAUGCGGCUAAAAGUCCCGGUAUGCACCGCACGCUAGAAAAAAAAAAAAAAAAAAAAAAAAAAAAAAAAAAAAAACAUUCCUGGUACGAAAAAAAAACAUUCCCGGUAAGCUGAGGGCUAAACUUUAGAAGUGCCGGUACUGACAGCUCCAUACUGACCCACUUAAAGCACUGAUUUCAGAUAUGUGGGUGCAUCUGUAAUACGCCGCUCGAUGUUAAAUUAGUAAAAUGAGGCAGAUGACAUCGGUGUUUUUACCCCAAAAUUACUGUUUUUCACAGUUAAAUUAUGAUAAUAUCUGUUUAUUUAUUUCUAUAGGUAUUGAGAAAUAUUAGUCAUCUUGUUUGUCUUGCUUUAUUUUCCUUAUCACAACGCUUGACAGAAAAGGCCGCUACUGGCCAGUGUGUGGCAGUCUUAGAUAGGACUUGAAAAUGUACCUCCCCCUUUAUAUAUGAUCUGGUAGACAAUAAAAUCACCCGAAACUGCUGCAGUCACUUGAACUGGCCGGUUCUCUCAACUCUUACUCGUUUUUGGAUAUUUCUUUAACAUAAUUUUGACGUUUUUACGCCAUAUUCAACCGGAUUGCUAUUUGGAUUAUUACCGCAGCGCAAAAUGAGAGGACAAGCGCUCUUCUUCCUCUGCGUUUUCUGCAUGGACACGGUUUCCGGGCAGGUCAGCUAUUCUAUCCCAGAAGAGAUGGAGAAAGGGUCAUUAGUGUGUAACAUUGCUCAGGAUUUAGGUUUAGACUUUAACCGGCUGAAAUCGGGGAAAGCUCGCCUUUAUUCGGGAGACGGUGCAGAAUACAUCGAGCUGAACAGAGAAAGGGGCGUCCUCCUUAUUAAAGAAGGAAUAGACAGAGAGGCAUUGUGCGCAGACACGACGCCCUGCGCGUUACAUCUACAAAUGAUUUUGGAAAAUCCGAUGGAGUUAUUUCGAAUAACUGUGGAGAUUACGGACAUUAAUGACAACGCACCCAGUUUUGCGUCGAGGGAGAAACGUUUUGAAAUCAGCGAGUCGGCCAUUAUAGGAUCUAAAUUUGUCCUGGAAAAAGCCUUGGAUGCUGAUAUCGGUGUGAACGGUCUUCAAAGCUAUUCGCUUAAACCAACGAGCAAUUUCGCUCUGAAACUAGAGAGCCAAGCGGAUGGCAGUAAAAAGGUGGAGAUGGUUUUACAGAAGCCCCUGGAUCGAGAGCGAGAGAGAGAAAUGUCUUUGUUGUUGACUGCUGUGGACGGCGGAGAGCCGCGAAUGACAGGCACAAUGCAAAUCACUGUUAAUGUGUUAGACGUAAAUGACAAUGCACCAGUUUUUACUAAAUCCGUUUAUAAGACAACAUUGGUGGAGAACUCCCCGCAUGGUUCCAGUAUCAUUACUGUUAGUGCCUCGGACAAAGACGAAGGCUUAAAUGGUCAGGUUUCAUACACAAUUACAAAUAGCAAGCAACGUUUUUCUGAACUCUUUCAAAUCGAUAGAAAAUCGGGGCAGGUUAUUUUAACAGGUGAAAUAGACUAUGAAAAGGCGAGGCUCUUACAAAUAGACAUUGAGGCUACAGAUAACGGAGGGCUCUCUGAUUCCAGUAAGAUUAUAAUUGAUAUAACUGAUGUCAAUGACAACAAACCUCAAAUUAAAAUACUGUCUAAAUCAGAAUCCGUUUUAGAAGAUUCACCUGAGAAUACUGUGAUUGCUAUGUUGAGCGUAAACGAUCCUGAUUCAGAGAGAAAUGGCCAGGUGAAGUGUAAAAUCAAUGAUGAAAUUCCAUUUAAAAUAAAUAACGGGAUGAAUGGGUUUUAUAGUUUAGAAACAGCAGCACCUUUAGACAGAGAAGUAGCUCCCCGAUUUAAUAUAACAGUGACCUGCUCUGAUGAAGGAGUCCCCUCCCUCUCCAGCAGCGUCACCCUCACCUUGCAGAUCUCUGAUGUGAAUGACAACGCUCCUGUCUUUGAGAGGAGCUCCUAUGAGGCCUACAUUGUAGAGAACAACACACCAGGUCUCUUUAUAUUCACAGUGAAAGCCACAGAUGCUGACUGGAACCAGAAUGCCCGUGUUUCUUACAUACUGGAGGACUCCUCUGUUAACGGCGUACCAGUCUCCUCAUAUGUGUCCGUCAGUGCUGAUAGUGGAGUCAUCCAUGCAGUGCGCUCUUUUGACUACGAGCAGAUCAAAGAUUUCCAGUUCCGCAUCAAAGCGCAGGAUGGAGGCUCUCCUCCACUCAGCAGCAACGUGACUGUGAAAAUGCUGAUCCAGGACCAGAACGAUAACCCUCCUCAGGUUCUGUACCCGGUCCAGACUGGUGGCUCUGUGGUGGCUGAAAUGGUGCCUCGUUCAGCAGAUGUGGGCUACCUGGUGACUAAAGUGGUGGCUGUAGAUGUGGACUCUGGACAGAACGCCUGGCUCUCCUAUAAACUGCAGAAAGCCACAGACAGGGCGCUGUUUGAAGUGGGCUCACAGAAUGGAGAAAUAAGAACAAUCCGUCAGGUGACUGAUAAAGAUGCUGUGAAACAGAGACUGACUGUGACAGUGGAGGACAACGGGCAGCCCUCUCGUUCAGCUACAGUCAUUUUUAACGUAGCGGUGGCAGACAGCUUCCCUGAAGUGCUGUCCGAGUUCACUGACUUUCCUCACGAUAAGGAGUACAAUGACAACCUGACCUUUUACUUGGUCUUGGCUCUGGCUGUGGUCUCCUUCCUCUUCAUCACGUGUUUAGUGGUUAUUAUAUCAGUCAAGAUCUACAGAUGGAGACAGUCUCGCAUCCUGUAUCACUCCAACCUCCCUGUGAUUCCAUAUUAUCCUCCACGUUACUCAGACACUUUGGGAACAGGGACUCUGCCACACGUGUACAACUACGAGGUGUGCAGGACCACUGACUCCAGAAAGAGUGACAAUAAGUUUGGAGGAGCUGGUGGUCAGAACGUGUUGAUAAUGGACCCCAGUUCUACAGGAACCAUGCAGCGGAUACAGAGUGAGAAGAGCAUCCUGGAUGAACCUGACUCUCCUCUAGAGGUUAGAAUGCUUUUGUUUAUGUAAUUCCUCUUAUUCUUUUUGUUUGUAUACCAACAUUUUUUUAGAUUAAGUAAAAUCCCUACCCCAGCAAAUUAGUACAUUUGUGUUAUAUUCAAUACAAAAAGUUCCCAUUAACUAUACGUUUGUUUAGAGCAAAAGAGAAAAGUAUUCUGUCUUUUCCGUUUGCACAUGAAUUUUUAAUAUCUUUUUAUGUGGUUGUUUAGUGAUGCUGUGAGAUUUGUGUUAUGGUUUUUGUUAGCCAAAUACAUUUGUCAAUUUUCUAUUCCAACAUAUUUAUCAAUAGUUCUCUAUGACAUAUUGGUCAACAUCGAGUUCCUC